GGCUGGCGUGUACGGCGGCGGGAGAGAUGUCGCUGUUGCGGUCACUUCGCCUCUGCCUGGUCGCGGGGACCGGGAGCCGCCCGGUGAGAGUCCUGGCCACAGCACCGACCUGCCUUCCUUGCAGCUGUCCCGUGGGGUCCUUUCUGCUUCUGUCUCCCAGACCUUGGCACACUUUUCACGUUGGUCCCUGGCUGUCUUCCUCGGCCUCCAGGAAGGAGCUCCUCAUGAAGCUGCGGCGGAAAACAGGCUACUCCUUUGUAAACUGCAAGAAAGCUCUGGAGACUUGUGGCGGGGAUCUCAAACAGGCAGAGAUCUGGCUCCACAAGGAGGCCCAGCAGGAGGGCUGGAGCAAGGCUGCCAAGCUCCAUGGGAGAAAGACUAAAGAAGGCCUGAUUGGGCUGCUGCAGGAAGGAAACACAACUGUAUUAGUAGAGGUAAACUGUGAGACAGAUUUUGUUUCCAGAAAUUUAAAAUUUCAACAAUUGGUUCAGCAAGUAGCCCUGGGAACCAUGUUGCAUUGUCAGAGCUUAAAGGAUCAACUCUCCACGUACAGUAAAGGCUUUCUGAAUUCCUCUGAGCUUUCUGGACUUCCAGCUGGGCCUGACAAAGAAGGCUCUCUGAAGGAUCAGUUGGCCUUAGCAGUUGGGAAGCUGGGAGAAAACAUGAUCCUUAAACGAGCUGCAUGGGUGAAGGUGCCAUCUGGAUUCUACGUUGGCUCUUAUGUCCAUGGAGCAGUGCACAGUCCUUCACUCCACAACCUGGUGCUGGGGAAGUAUGGGGCCCUGGUCAUCUGCGAGACAUCUGAGCAGAAUGCAAACCUUGAAGACCUUGGCCGCCGCCUUGGGCAGCAUGUAGUGGGCAUGGCCCCUCUCUCUGUUGGCUCCCUGGAUGAUGAGCCUGGGGGAGAGGCAGAAACCAAGAUGCUGUCCCAACCAUACUUGCUGGAUCCCUCCAUCACGUUGGGACAAUAUGUGCAGCCCCAGGGGGUGGCUGUAGUAGACUUUGUGCGGUUUGAAUGUGGAGAAAGUGAAGAAGCAGAGGCUUAAUAGUUUCCAGAGACUUUUGGCCCAGGAGAUGUUUAUUUGUAGUUCUGGACAUUACAAAAAGAAGUUAUUUCUUAAGCCUCUUCAGACUCAAAAUUUGUUUUUCAUUUGAGUUUGUAAUUAUGUACUUCAUGGGUAAAAUUAUUAAAUAAAAUAAUUAUAUAAUAAA